AUGCGCCCAACAGAAGUAAAAUUGAACAACCCGCCCGAGGAUGCUAUAUCUGCGGUCAAAUUUGGUCCAAAAACUAACCAAUAUCUAAUCGCAUCUGCCUGGGACGGCACGGUCAGGUUUUACGAUGUCGUCAACAAUGCCAUGCGCCAGAAGUUCGUGGAGGAUAUGCCCGUAAUGGAUGUUGCAUUCAUGGACAUAGUGCAUGUCGUAAGUGGUUCGCUGGAUAAACAAUUACGUUUGUACGAUGUGAAUACGCAUACCGAAAACAUAGUUGGUACGCAUGAUGAUGCUGUAAGCUGUGUUGAAUAUGCUGAAUCUGUAAAUGGCAUAUUGACUGGUAGUUGGGAUAAAACAAUUAAAUUGUGGGAUAUGCGGGAGAAACGUUGCGUUGGCACCUUCGAACAGAGCAACGGCAAAGUGUAUUCAAUGUCUGUGAAUGAUGAGAAAAUCGUUGUGGCCACGUCCGAUCGCAAAGUUCUUAUUUGGGAUCUGCGAAAGAUGGAAGAAUAUAUGAUGAAACGUGAAUCAUCGCUCAAAUAUCAAACACGUUGCAUUCGAUUGUUUCCAAAUAAAGAGGGGUAUGUGAUGUCUUCAAUUGAAGGACGCGUUGCUGUAGAGUAUUUGGAUCCUGAUCCAGAAGUACAAAAGCGAAAGUUUGCUUUUAAGUGUCACCGGAACAAAGAGGAUAGCAUUGAACAUAUUUAUCCAGUAAAUGCAAUUAGUUUCCACAACGUUUAUAAUACCUUUGCGACGGGCGGAUCAGAUAGUUUGGUGAACAUAUGGGAUGGUUUUAACAAAAAGCGUUUGUGUCAAUUCCAUCAAUAUGACACCUCUAUCUCAUCGCUAAACUUCAGUCAUGACGGCAGCACAUUAGCUAUUGCCUGUUCAUAUAUGGAUGAGUUUGAGGAACCACCUGCCAAUGUGCCAAAUCCUGUUAUAUAUGUGCGUUAUGUAACUGAUCAAGAAACUAAGCAGAAAUAAAGUAUAAUAGAUACACGUCUUGUUAUAAGAUAA